CCGCCGAUCUACACGGUCCAGAACUUUUUAACCGAGGAGGAGUGCGACGCCCUCAUCGACAGCGCCAAGGACCACAUGACGCCGGCGCCCGUCGUCGGGCCGGGCAACGGCGAGGUGAGCGUGUCGCGGACGAGCAGCACGUGCUACCUCGCGCGCGAGGACCUGCCGUCCGUCUGCACCAAGGUCUGCGCCUUGACGGGCAAGCCGCUGGAGCACCUGGAGCUGCCCCAGGUGGGCCGCUACCGCGGCGGCGAGUUCUACAAGCCCCACUACGACGCCUUCGACACGUCGUCGGCCGACGGGCGCCGCUUCGCGCAGAACGGCGGCCAGCGCGUCGCCACCGUCCUGGUCUACCUCAACGACGUCGAGCGCGGCGGCGAGACGUCCUUCUCCAAGCUCGGCGUCCGCAUCAAGCCCCGCAAGGGCAACGCCCUCAUCUUCUUCCCCGCGACGCUCGACGGCGUCCUCGACCAGAACUACCUCCACGCGGCCGAGCCCGCGGUCGACCCCAAGUGGGUCUCCCAGAUCUGGAUCCGCCAGCGCGCC